CCUGCGCUCAGUAAACAGUAGGGAGGGAAGGGCUUAUGAACUUCAUUUUGCAGAAGCGAAACACUAAACUAGAAACCUGAAUGUUAAAUAGGAUCGAUUUAUUACACAUUAUAUAAUUCAUCCACACAGCUACAACUUCAGUAGUUUCCAGUCAAUGAACAUUUUCCUGAUCGUAAGUAGAGAACAAACAGUCAACACACUGAGCUAUGGCUUCCUCCAGCAUUGUCCUGUCUGAAGAGCAGUUCCAGUGCUCUAUCUGUCUGGAUGUGUUCACUGAGCCAGUCUCCAUCCCAUGUGGACACAACUACUGCAAGGCCUGUAUCAGAGGAUACUGGGACAGCACUGACCUGUGCCAGUGUCCAAUGUGUAAAAAGACAUUUGAUAAGAGACCUGAUCUCUUUGUUAAUACUUUCAUUUCUGAAAUGGCUGCUCAGCUCAAGAAGUUGGCUCCAGUUAUGAUCACACCCACCACCCCAGGAAAAGCUCAAACCACAACCCUCGCCAAACCUGGAGAAGUACCAUGUGAUGUCUGUACUGGGGGGGAGCACAAUGCCCUGAAGUCCUGUCUGGUGUGUCUGGCCUCUUACUGUGAGACUCACCUGGAGCCUCAUCAGAGAGUUGCUUCUUUAAAGAAACACAAGCUGAUCGACCCUGUGGAGAACCUGGAAGACAGGUGGGAUGAGGUCAGUGUCCUGGAUGACCGGGGGAGACUCAUCCGGACCUUUGAGGUCUGCAACGUCAAUCAGAACCCCCGUCUCCAGGACAACUGGCUGGCCACGCCCUUCCUCUUCCGCUUCUCGGCACCACGAGUCUUUGUGACGCUGCGUUUCUCCAUGCGGGACUGUGCCAGCCUGCGCUCGCCCUCACCCUCCUGCCGCGAGACACUCACCCUCUACUACAAACAGGCCGACUCACAGAGAGAGCUGGAGAGGACAUGGGCUGCAGAGCCGUCCAGUGGAGAGAAGGACACGAGGGAGGGCUGGGUGAAGAUUGACACCAUAGCAGCAGAUAAGAGUUUCACCAAGGUGGAGCCCAGCCUGCCUCACCAGUACCAACCAGACCGCUACCGUCGGGUCAACAUCAAGACCCGCAGCUUCGCUCCACUCACACGCAAUGGAUUCGUCCUGGCCAUCGUCGACAGCGGCGCAUGCGUCUCUUUGAUGGGUGUGUCCAUCUUCUACCGCCGCUGCCCAGCAACCAACCGCUAUCUUGCUUCCUAUCUGGCCACACCCUCAGGGGCGGAGCCUACCGCCCUGGUCCCUGUGACUGGGACUUGUGUUCCCCACAGCCAAGCACAGGGAGGCUCCGCCCCCCGCAUGCACUGCAACGCAGAAGGUGAAUGGAUGGUGCCGGUGGGUGGGUGCAUCUGUGAAGAGGGAUAUGAGCCCAAUCAAAACGGAUCUGCCUGCUUAGCAUGUCCAGUGGGGUACUUUAAGUCGGUGUUGGGUUCGGUUCCGUGUUCAGUGUGUCCGUCUAACAGCAGAACCAGUCAGGAGGGAUCGCGUGUGUGUGAGUGUCGCAGCGGCUUCUACAGAGCACCCGCCGACGUCAACUCCUCCACCUGCACAAGCUCUCCCUCUGCUCCGACCUCUGUCUCCUGGGAGUAUGAGAGUGGUGAUGGUGGGGUGUCUUUGCGUUGGCGCCCCCCACUGGACAUGGGUGGUCGUAGCGAGGUGUGGUAUGGGGUGGUGUGUAGGAUUUGUCCCUCGGCCACCGUCACCGCCCCGGGGGCGUGCUCCUGGUGUGGAGAGGCGGUCACCUUCACCCCAUCCCAGACUGGCAUCAAGCAAACCAAGGUCACCCUCAACAACCUGCUCACCAGAGUCACCUACCUUAUACAGGUGCAAGCGGUCAAUGAUGUCUCAGCUCUGAGUCCUUUCCCACCUCAAUUCACCAGCAUCAAUUUCACUACUAGCCAAUCAGUGCCCUCUCUGGUCCCUAGCCUGCACCAGUUGAGUCGAGCCCCAGACUCCAUCACCCUGUCCUGGCCACAGCCUGACAGACCCAAUGGAGACAUACUGGAGUACCAGCUCAGAUACUACGACAAGGGUUCAGAUGAGGACAGUGCAGUGAGUGUGUUCAGUGAGACCAACACAGUGACUGUCAACUAUCUGGCUCCUGGCUCCAUCUACGCCUUCCAGAUCAGGGCCCGCAACGAGAGGGGCUAUGGCCCCUACAGUCAUACUAUCUACUUCACUACAUUGGCCCUGGAGGGGAGUUCUAAGCAGAUCCAGAAUCGGCUCCCUCUAUUGGUCGGAUCUGUGAUGGGCGGGGCAGCCUUCCUCCUGGUCGUUGUGGCGAUAGUGGUCGUUUUUGUGUUCCGCAGUAAGAGGAGGGAGAGCCCCUACAGUGACAGACUCCAGAGGUACAUCAGCCACAAAGGGGGGGUGAAGUACUACGUGGACCCUUCCACCUAUGAGGACCCCAGUGAGGCGGUCAAGGAGUUUGCCCGUGAGAUCGACCCCUCUCACCUCAAGAUAGAAGAGGUGAUUGGUGCAGCCCAGUUUGGGGAGGUGUCUCGGGGGCGCUACCGGCCCCUGGGUCGUAGGGAGGUGCUGGUGGCGGUGAAGACGCUGCGCUGGGGCGUGACAGACAGAGAGAAGGCGGUGUUUAUGACCGAGGCAGGGGUGCUGGGUCAGUUUGACCACCCCAACGUGCUGAAGCUGGAGGGGGUGGUCACCCACAACCCACCAGAGAGGAUCAUCACUGAGUUCAUGGAGAAUGGACCACUGGAUGCCUUCCUCAGGGAGAAUGAGGACCAGUUCAGUGUUCUCCAGCUGGUAGGGAUGGUGAGGGGUGUUGGGGCUGGGAUGAGGUACCUCUCUGAGAGGAACUUUGUCCACCGGGACCUGGCUGCCAGGAACGUGCUAGUCAACUCUAACCUGGUGUGUAAGGUGUCUGACUUUGGCCUGUCACGUCUCAUGAGGGGUCUGGACCACAACAUGCCCACCUACACUGCCUCACUGGGCAGUAAGAUUCCUGUCAGGUGGACAGCCCCGGAGGCCUUCCAGCAUCGGAAGUUCAGUUCAGCUAGUGAUGUCUGGAGCUUCGGAGUGCUCAUGUGGGAAGUGAUGUCAUAUGGCGAGCGGCCAUACUGGGACAUGAGCAAUCAGGAAGUAAUGAAGGUGGUAGCAGACCAGUACCGUCUCCCAGCCCCCCAUAACUGUCCUCCAGCGCUCCACUCCCUGAUGCUGCAGUGUUGGCAGGCUGAGAGGGGCGACCGGCUAGGCUUCGACUCCCUCCUCUCCUCCCUGGACAGACUCAUACGACACCCUGCCUCCCUCAAGGCAGAGCAUCCCCGCUCCACCCAGCCACUGCUGAGCCCCACCCCCACAGACCUGUCGUCAGUGGCGACGGUCAGUGAGUGGCUGACAGCGUUGAGGAUGGACAGGUAUAAGGACCAGUUUGAGAGGGCACAUCUGGACACACUGGACCGAGUCAGCAGGGUAACCAUGGAGGAUGUGCAGAACCUGGGGGUGAACCUGUUGGGACACCAGAGGAAGAUCACCAAUGCAGCCCAGCAGCUCAGAACUCACCUCACCCAGGGCCAGGUGGAGGUCUAGAACCCACCUAUCACCUGAGAGCUUCACAGGAAGUAACAGAGAGGUGCACUAUUGGAGCUGUAGUCCAAGGCAAAGCAAGAUCUGGGAGGAGAGUUGCUGAGGAGGAACAGGAAGAUUUGAA